AUGAUAUUAAGCCUUUUUAUCUCUUACGGUUUAUUGCUUGGCUCGGCAUUAUUUAGAUUUUGUAGUGUGUUCGUACCGUGUGCUGCUCUUUUUCUACAAUUCAGUGAUGAAGUCAAAGCAAAUGUUUUAUUUGCAGCUCUUGGUGAGAAAUCGAAAAUAAAGAAACGUAAUUUACAUCUCACUGAAGAAUUUCUCAAAAAGAGUUCAAGCAUAUGUGCUUACGAUGUUCCAUCACUGGAUGCACGUCAAGACAUUAAAAUCAUGGAGACACCAAAGCUUGGUGCAGAAGCAGCAAGAAAAGCUAUUGAAGAGUGGGGGCAACCUAAAUCCAAGAUCACACAUCUCAUAUUCUAUACAACUUCAGGUGUGGAUAUGCCUGGUGCAGACUAUCAACUUGUUAAACUCCUUGGCCUUGGAUCAUCUGUAAAGAGAGUCAUGUUAUAUCACCUAGGCUGCUAUGCCAGUGGGACAAUCCUCCGCAUUGCCAAAGAUUUGGCCGAGAACAAUGUCGGUGCACGAGUCUUAGCUGUUUGCUCAGAGAUGACUGUGGAUAGUUUUCGUGGGCCUUCAGAUUCUGACAUGUCUUGUUUAGUAGGGCAAGCAAUUUUUGGUGAUGGUGCAGCAGCACUGAUUAUUGGUGCCAAUCCUGAUACAUGGUUGGUGGAACGACCAUUGUUCGAACUCGUGUCUGCAGCACAAACCAUUGUACCUAAUUCAGAGGGUGCAGUUGAAGCCCAUCUACGUGAAGUAGGUUUCACUUAUUACAUAUCAAAAGACGUGCCUACAGUAGUUUCCAACAACAUUGAGAAUUGCUUGGUUGAAGCAUUUAGUGAACUUGGUAUCAGCGAUUGGAACUCAUUGUUUUGGAUAGUUCAUCCCGGUGGCCCUGCGAUUCUCAAGGAGAUUGAAGCAAAAGUUGGGCUGAACAAGGAGAAACUCAGAGCAAGUUGGCAUAUGCUUAGCGAGUAUGGUAACAUGUUAGGCACGAGCGUGUUUUUCAUUCUUGACGAGAUGAGGAGGAAAUCCUUAGAGGAAGGAAAGUCCACCACAGGUGAAGGACUUGAGUGGGGAGUUCUCUUUGGGUUCGGGCCAGGUGUAACGGUUGAGACAAUUGUGUUGCGUAGUGUCCCCAUAAUUACUACUUCUCCAUGAGUCAUGGCUCACGUUUGAGUGUGGUUAUGUACGCGGUGUGUUUGCCAAUAAUAAGCCUGACUUUUUUUU